AUGACUGCCAAACAUACUUAUCCGGAUUCUACGACAGCAAAAUCCUCACCCGAAACUAGCCAGCUUCUACAGGACUUUGGUUUCAACGUUGAACGCCGUAGCAGACUCGAUCCACCUCUGACUUCCUCUGUGCCUUUCGACGAGCUUCACCAAUUCAAUACGCCUUUCCCAAGCACGGUUUGUGUCGACCGUGAUCUAGGUGCCGAAAUCACGACAGACUAUACGAAUCGACAUCGGUCCCCAUUCCAUGCGUACCUGUCUCCAGAAUAUUCCAGCGCACAUAGCCCAUCCAUGGCGAGUGAUGGGAUGCAUGAUCAUUCCCAUGAACCAAACAAGAUUUGGAUGAUGACACCAACAAGAGACGCCGAGGGCAACACGCCUAACCGUACUUCAACUCCUGUCUCUUUAGGAGGGACAGUGAACAACAACCAGGCAUUUGUUUCCAACUAUGAUCCUGCCCCAUCUGAAAGCACAUCAACAAACUGGCCCUCCCAUCGAUCAGGUAUUCAGCCAUCUGGGCAGAUCGAUUUCAGUCUUUCAGCAAACCAAGCCACGAACGCCAUGGCCACCAUCCCCCCUCAGCAGCAUCAGCCCGUCCCGUUACAAUAUUUCAAUUUUUCAGCUUUGACAGAAGACCCUUCCCCAAACUACCCAUAUGACUCUGCCCGCAGCUUGACCGACUGUUCGACCUCGGUCGGGGUGCUGCCGUAUGAACGGGAACCCCUUUUUGAAGACUCGAUACAACUGUCUCCAGAGCCUCAUACCGGGGCAGUCGCAGGCCCCAGCGGCACAAGAGAACCCUCGAUGACGAAUGUAGAAGAUCCAGCCCUUGCCAGAUUAUCAUACCACAGCGAGAGAAAACCCCUAACCUGCAAAUCAUGCAGGAAGACAAUUACAGAUCCAAUAGAGGAAGCGGCCCAUGACAGAGAGUGUGACGGGCUUCCAUGUUUGUUCCGCUUUGCCGGAUGCAAAUCCAGAUUCAAAGGGAAAAAUGAAUGGAAGCGACACAUCAAGACACAGCACCUGCUCUCAAAGGCGUAUGUCUGUCCGGAUUGUGAUAUGAAAGAGUUCAACCGAAAGGACCUCUUCAAACAGCAUCACAUUCGCAUGCACAGCACCAAAGAGGAGCUCGAGGCGUUUAAACGUAAGAAACCAUCUGAAGCAUUUGAGAAGAAGCUUCAGGAGAAAUUGCAGCAAGCAAGUUGUGGUUCGCAAACGCCCUCUCCUACAGCAUGCACAUGCUUCAUGCUAGGCUGUCAAACCAAGUUUGCAGAAGCUGACUCAUGGGAACGGUGCUUGGAACACGUUGCCAAACAUCACGAAGCCGUGAUGAAGGGUAAAGAAGCAGCACGGGAAUAUAACUUUACACCGGAGCAGCUACGUUACUUUCAAAGAAUCGGAGCCCUCGUUCACAGAAACGGAGAAUGGUUUCUUGGUGCGCAAUCCAGUGGAGAGAGAGCUCGAAAGAAUAAAAAGAAGAUUGCGAGGAGAGCGGCCGACGGGGGGCCAGUAACCUCUGCCGCGAAACCCAAGCGGUAUCGCGGGAGUUAA